UCACGGGGUUAUCUGGCACUCACUCGGGAUCAAGGGGUUAUCAGUCGUGGGGAGGAGGCACGGGCCAAAGUGCAGAUCAAACAUCCGAGCCAUUGCCACACAGCUGUUUGUCCCCAGGGGCCAGUGGCAGCUGCAGUCCAGGGUCCUGACUUGGCGUCUGGCGUCUUUGGGGUCUGCGGUUGAGCAGGCAGCUCUCCCUCACCCCUCCCGCACCCUCACCCCUCCCUGCAGUGGGGUGGGGGAUCAUCGACUGCAAGUGACUAGCGACCACCUGGUGCGGUGCAUGCAGCUCGUCCGACCCCAUCGAACCCCAGGACCGAGGACCGAGCAAAGCAGGGGCGGGAGGGCGCGGACACGGACGUCACGGGCUCAGGGCAUAAGAAUGCAGUGACCGUCUGUUGUACCGACUGUGUGCACAACUAUGGCCUGACUGUGCGCGUCGUCACAGCGACCACACCCCCGCGGGACCGGAGGCCUUGUCUUGGGCAGAAGGGCGCCCGGCCGGCCUGGCGUCAGCAGCUGCAGAGUCCUCAGGACCCAUCACUCUUACCGAUCUUGCGAGCCUGAAGACUUGCUGAGGGAAGGGCACGGUGACAGGGGCCUCAGAUGGGAAACUGAGGCAGGACGGUGAGGACCGUGUGAAGACAACCUCGCCCAGCCCCAGCCCGGCCCAGCCCACCCACCCACGCAGGACUCUCGUGUCUACCCCUACUCGUGUCCGCCUGCUCCCUUGCCCUCACUAGGUCUUGUGUGUGCCUGUCCACCUCUCCCCUUGCAAAGGAGCCCCGUCCUGCUGCCUCAGUUUCCCCUUGCCCUGGGCAUCAGAGUCAGGGAUUCCGUUUUUCUUCGGCGGCUCCGCGUGGUGUACCCUGCCCUGUCCCGCUCACCCACUGGAGACCUCUCUCUCCGAAGCCACAGCCCCCAUGGGCGCUGCAGGUGGCUUACAGAGCCCUAACUGCGGCAACUCAGACUGGAUGGCGCUGCUGUGCCCGCGGCUCUGGGAUGUCCCCCUGCACCACCUGUCCAUCCCGGGGAGCCACGACACCAUGACCUACUGCCUGAGCAGGAAGUCCCCCAUCUCCCAGGCACGGUCGCGGCUGCUGCAUCUGUUGGGCAGGCUCGCGCCCUGCAUCACAGGCCCCAUGGUGCUGAAGUGGUCCGUCACGCAGGCCCUGGACGUAAAGCAGCAGCUGGACGAGGGGGUGCGGUACCUGGACCUGCGCAUCGCGCACAUGGCGGGAGGCUCCAAGAGGAACCUGCACUUCGUCCACAUGAUUUACACGACGGCGCUGGUGGAGGACACCCUCACGGAGAUCUCCGAGUGGCUGGAGUCGCACCCCCGUGAGGUCGUCAUCCUGGCCUGUAGGAAUUUCGAGGGGAUGACGGACGAGCUGCACGAAUACCUCGUGGGCUGCAUCAGGAACAUCUUUGGGGACAUGCUGUGCCCGCGCGGGGCCAUCCCCACGCUGCGGCAGCUGUGGGCGCGCGGCCAGCAGGUGAUCGUGUCCUAUGAGGAUGAGGCCUCCGUGGGUCGCCACGCGGAGCUGUGGCCGGGAAUCCCCUACUGGUGGGGGGACAAGGUGAAGUCGCAGGCGCUGCUGCAUUACCUGGAGACCAUGAAGAGCUGCGGUCGCCCGGGUGGCCUGUUCGUGGCGGGCAUCAACCUUACGGAGAACGUGGAGUAUGUGCUUGCACACCCGUCCGGGUCCCUGGAGAAGAUGACACUGCCCAACCUCCCGUCCCUGAGCGCAUGGGUGCGCGAGCAGCGGCCGGGGCCUGGCUCCCGCUGCACCAACAUCAUCGCGGGGGACUUCGUGGGCGCCGACACGUUUGUGAGUGACGUCAUCGGACUCAACCUUAAGCUGCUGUGAUCCUGAUCACCCCCCCACAGCGACCCAAGGUGCGGGGCUCAGGACAAGGCCAGGGUCCCAGAGGUCAAGGAUCGUGAAACACUGGAAAGCGGUGUCCCUUCGUCCCUUGUGAAGGGCUGAGGCCUGAGUGAGUUAGCCUGCGCCACACGAGUGGGUGCAGGUUUUGAACUCGCAGAGCCUGCAAGGCUGCCUCAUGGUCAUUUCCGGUCACUGGGACACGUGCAGACAGAAGUUCCAGAGAGAUCCAUGUCACACCCCAGAGUCCAUGGAGGUCACGUGACCCGCCACAGGCAGUCAUUCUGGGCCUGCAUCACCCUUCGAUCAGCACCAUUAAUUAAAAUCUUCUGAAGCCAA